ACUCCCCCUUUGUCACACACUGGUAGAGGAAGUAGUCAGCGGCAAAGAGAUGCUGAUGUCACCGACAAAGCUGAAGUACACAGAACAUCCCCCAACAUUAACACCAAUGGACUGACUUAUUUACUCAUUCUUUCUUUACCUGUCUCUGCCUCUGUCUCUGUCUCUGUCUCUGUCUCUGUGUGACUCUUCAACUAAAACUCACAUUUAGUUGUCUCACGGAGACACUGAAGGGAAGAAUCAGUAGGAUAUUACACAGCUCCCUGGGACUAUUAUCAACAGAAUGGAAAACAAAAUGGAUGUUAAAGCCAUGAAGGCUCGAUUUCAAGGGAACGGGCCCAGUGUUGAUGCACCAUCUCCACCAGCUGCACAUAUUAAACCCCCCCUAAAACCAACACACUCCACUGGUUUGAAAACACCGCCCCAGAAACCACUCCUGGAGAAUCGGCCUCCUAAACCGGCUUUCCUGCAAAAUGCAGUACCCACAAAAAGUGACACUGCAGUACCUGAGCUGAACAAAACCAAGAUGUUGGCAAGCAAGUUUACUAACAUACAGGAUGACACCAACACAAAAGGUUCUGCUGAUAACAAACAGCCCAUACAUUUUAAACUACCCCCUACCCAGCCCCCUGAACCGAAAGUCUCACCAAAGCCUCCUUUAAACAAACCUCCCGUCAGCACCACUCUGUUGGACUCCAAACCCACCUUUCCUAAACCUUCACUCGCAGUGGCAUCCAAGCCCAGCUGGAUAAAAGAAGACAAUGGUGGGGGUGCUCCAUCUUCAACCACUACCCUGCCCAAACCGCCCCCACUACAACAAAAACCAGCGAGCGGCUUUGUAAAAUUAUGGCAGCAAAACCAAGAACUGUCAAGUCCUGAGGUGGCUGCUGCUCAUAAGCCAUCGCCUGCGCCAAAUACCACUAAACCAACUUCUAACUUUAGAGCUGCUCAAAACUUGUUCAACAAGGACAACAACAUGGAGCAACCGGACAAUAAUGGAGUGAAAAAAACACCUCUCUCCAAUACCAAAUCCAUCCCUCCUGAAAAACCUCCUGCCAGUAAAAAACCCAGUCUAAAGAAGCGGUUAGCAGACCCUCAUCACAGCUGCAUUAAUGGUGAUGACACAUCGGGUCCCAAACGCAACCCCCUCCCCAACAUAUUAGCUUUGGGCGCUGCUCCUGCUAAACCUAACAGACCCCCCAAUGUCAACCUACAGAACUUUAAAAUAGGUGCCGAGGCCCAGAAUGAUGGCUCUGGUAUCAUUAAGAAAAGCACCACUCUAACUCUUAACUCCAACCCAAGUAACCAUGGCAGCCAAGUGACACCUCCUCCCCCAGUUCCUCAGGCUCCCCUCCCCAGUCUACCACCAGGACAUCCUGGCGCCAUAAUCCAGCAGGAGGAAUUUUACGAUGAUGUUGAAGAACUGAACAGGUGUCGUCCACCUCUACCACCUACCUCAGGUCACCCCAGCCAGCGGGCUAAGGAGGACACUGACGAUGAGGACGAUGGAGAAAUGUACGAAGAUCUUGAGGAACGAUGGGAUGCAGCAGAACAAAAACAAGAGAAGAAGAAGGAGAAGGACAUGAAAGACGAAAAGAAACGACUUGAGAAAGAUCAAAAGGAACGGGAGAAGAAGGAACAAGAUGCCAAGAAGAGAUUUAAGUUGGUUUGCCCCAUAGAGGUCAUCCAACAGGGCAAGGUAUGUGUGGACGCCAAAGGGUGUAAAACUGACCUCAGUCUGAAGCUUGGAGACUCGCUGGACAUCAUUCGUGUUCAAGGCAACCCAGAGGGCAAAUGGUUGGCACGGGCGAAGGACGGCUCAAUUGGCUACGUCAAAAUCACCUCAGUGCAGAUUGAUUUUGACAGUCUGAAGCACCGUCAAGCUCAGCAGAAAUACGAACCUGAAGUCUACGAUGACAUUGAUCUUCCUUCUUUUGAUAACAGUGGACCAAAAGGAGGAGGAGGAGAAAAUGAUGGAGAAAUUUAUGACGACGUUGCCGAUCUAAGCCUAGAAGUCAAUCCUUUGAACAGCAGGUCGCCUUCCGUGAAGCCCCACAGCUUCCUGCGGAUAUUUGAUCGGAACGCUCGUCCCUUCAGCGUUAAAGUAAUGCCUCCACCUGCACGGUUUUCUUCAAAGGGAAAUACAGACAGAGCUGAAGAUGAUGAGAUAUACGAUGACGUUGAUUCUCAAAGUGCACCUCCACUGCCGCCUAUCAGCAGCCUUUCAGGGCUAAAAGCCAAAAGUAAAACUGAAUCAUUGGACCCGAAGAAACAGAAAAAGUUGGAAAAGGAGGAAAAAGAUUUCAGAAAGAAAUUUAAGUAUGACGGUGAGAUAAAAGUAUUGUACCAGGUGACCAUCAUCUCCACACUUACCAAUAAGAAAUGGAGUGGGAAUGAGCUGUCAGUCAAAGCUGGGGAGAAACUGGACGUCAUUGUCGGUGCCGUGGACAACAAGUUGAUCUGUCGUAACGAGGAGGGAAAGUUUGGUUACGUUUCCACAAGCCACAUUGUCCAUGAAGAUGGGGAAAUCUACGAUGACAUUGGAGAUGACUGCAUCUAUGACAACGACUAAGGAACAUUCUGCAAUCUUUUCAACACAGAUAUUGUAUAUAUUUAUGAUCCAUAGUAUUGCCUUUAAUAACCUUUGCAUUUGUUUUGUUUUAUUGUUAUUAUCAACAACAACAAUAAUAUCAAUAAUAUUAUUAUUACUAAUAUUAAAAUUAAUAAUAUUAAAGAAUUGGCCAAAAAAGCUUAACGCUUUCAUGUUACUUCUUACUACUUACUUAACAAAGUUCUUUUUUUAAUAUAUUUUAUUUAUAAUUUAUUUUGGAUGAAAUAUGUAAACAUAAUACAUACUACUUUGAAUAAACAAACCCUGUUUACACUCCAUUGAACAACACUGACAAUGCAGGUUCAGACAAAAAUACGAUAUCAACACCGAUUUCCGAUGCUAUUCUUUGUAGCAAAACAAUUAUAAAUAUGUCAACAAUAAAGAUCAAAAUCGUAUCCUGAAUUUAUUUCAGAUUAACACUUUCUCUCUCGUUUCUCUCCCCGUAGUAUCGCACUAGUUAAUCGGUGACAUCUAGUGGUAGACUAUAUAACCAUGACAUGAGUUUUCAGUAGAAGGACAACUACCCUGUAUUUUUAUUGCAAAGUGAACUUACCGAAUUCACUAGAUGUUUUAUGAAAAUAUAAGUUGGCAGUUCAAAGAAACGAAUACGUUUUUGUUUUUUUGCUGAAAUUUGUACUCUACAUUUAUCGUUUCAGGUAAUAUUUUUAAUGAUUAUGCCAGCGAUGGAAGUUCAUUGUGACAGCAAUGAUCAGCCUUGGAAAUUGGAAGAAAGCAUUUAUUUAAAAAUAAAUUAAAAAAAACUUUAAUGGCCCGUACGGGGAUCGAACCCGCGACCUUGGCGUUAUUAGCACCACGCUCUAACCAACUGAGCUAACCGGCCAGUGUCGAAGUUCAGGGCCUCAGCAUGAGUUUUUAUAACGUUUCUCAUGAACAUGGCUAUUAAUACCUAGAUAGAAACAACAUAAACCUGUAGCAUUAAAUGACCCGACAAAGACAGAGCGAGGGAGAGAGGUAUAUGUGCCCAGGGCACCAGGUGACACCAGUGAGACUAAAGAACACAGACACAGCAAACACCGUAGGUCGGACGAAAGAGCUACGUAAAUAAAGUACUUCCGACAGGACACCGGAAGGGUCUGUAGUUUCACGAUGGUUCCUCCCGUUGCAGUGUCACCGCUUAUCAAGACCGCCAGAUGGUCUGCUCUGCUGGUCGGCGUCAUUUAUGGAAAACAAAGGUUUGAUCACCUGAAGCCAAUUGCUGCAGAGGAGAGGAGGGUCGAGGAGGCAGAAAGGGCGACCAGAGAGGAGCGAGAACGCAUCUACAAAAGACUGUCUGAAGAAAAUGCAGACACCAUCUUGAAAUGAGCCUGGACUCCAUCCCUGUCAUGUGUUAAACUCAAUAAAUUAUAUUUAUUAUGUGGAAA